AUGUUUCAAUACGGCCGAAAAUCCGAUCAGCGUCAGCGUUCCAUGGAGCGACAGCCUCGCCGACGUCGCAGACCUGCCCUGUCAUGCCUGGAAUGCCGCCGGCGGAAGAUCAAAUGCGACCGGAACGAACCCUGCGCGCAUUGUGUCUCGGCCAAGAUCCAAUGUACCUACAAGUUCUAUACCGAUCCUCCUAUCGACCAGCGACAACCUGCAGAGGGCAGUGGUGCGUUGCGCCCGACCUUGAGUCCGUUAGCCUCGGCGCCCGCCUCGCCUUCAGCUUCAGCUCGUGCCUCGCGGAAUGACUUAGACAGACCAAGACCAGUCCCUGAGAACUUUGUUCAUCCGUGGGGGCCUCGUGCGACAGCCGUAGCAGGACCACAACAACCACGAGAUGAUGACCCGAAGGCCACCAGCAGCAACGACAACCGACCACAGAAUGAUCACCCAGAGACAAUCGACCGCAACGACACGCGAACACAGCUUGGGCCCGACGAGCAACCGGAUCUCCGAGAUCUUCUGCAGCGUGUAAAGAAGCUGGAAGGAUCUGCAGCAACUACCAACCCCCUAAACGCCUUAUCCGAGACAACCCAAGACAUACUAGCGCGCCAGUCCGGACUGCGGGAUUCGCAAACGAUGUUGGACAAGUCGAGAAUCGUGCGAUGGAGCCACUGGAUGGGAACUGCUCCAGAGUUCCAUCUCAUUGGUGAUUGUUAUACGGAAGUUCUGGGCCACUCCAAAGCUUUCUCUGAAGACGCCGAAACGGAAGCCCUGGUCGCUCAGAUAGGCGACGGGCUCCAGAAAUGCAAAACCAUAGCGAAGCGCAUCAAGCUGGGCCGACCGAGCAGAUGCCUGUCCUGGCGUGAAUUUGGAUUGUCGACCCCUUCCCGCGAGGUGGCAGACGUGAUGGUCAACCUAUACUUCCGGUCAUUCGAAUCGACGCACAGGAUCCUACAUGUGCCUACCUUUUGGUCCGAGUACCAGCGAUACUGGGCCGAUCCCGAAAGAGGAACAGCAACCGACCUGCGGCUCAAGAUCCUUCUCGUCAUCGCCAUAGGAUCGAGCCUGUCCGAGUACGGGGACACCGACGCCGGAUUCCGCAGCAUGGUCCACCAGUGGAUCUACACUGCUCAGGCGUGGCUUUCGGGACCCCUGGAAAAAAAUCGCCUCAACAUCACCGGUCUGCAGAUCCACUGCCUGACCAUCCUCGCUCGACAGACCUUUUCGAUCGGGGCCGAUCUCGUCUGGAUGUCGAUGGGCUCCCUCGUCCACCGAGCCAUGCAAAUGGGCCUCCAUCGUGACCCCAAACACUUACCUGAGAUGUCCGUGUUGCAAGCGGAGCUCCGUCGAAGGCUCUGGGCCACCAUCGUCGAGAUGAUCAUCCAAUCUUCACUCGACUCGGCCAUGCCACCGCGAAUCUCCUUCGACGACUUCGACACCGAGCCUCCAUCCAACAACAACGACGAUGAGAUACAAGUAGAAGACGAAUCUCUCACGAGCAAGAGUUCGGCACUCCAGCCCCACCCCAAGACCGUCUAUACCUCGACAUCGCUUCAACUCCUCCUGCUUGACUCGUGGCCCACGCGACUCCGGAUCCUCCAGCUUCUGAAUGGCCUGCACUCGGAACUGUCGUACGUUGACGUCCUUGCUCUGACCGCACAAAUGACCGACGCCUUGAAGGCAUGCAACAGCUUCAUGCAGGCCAAUACCACAGCCUCCAACAACGACAACAACAAUAACCAGGACGGUGACCCCGACUCCGGCUCCAGUCCCAGCGGCGGUGGGGUGACGGCAUUCCACCGCAACCUCCUCGACUACCUAGUCCGCCGAUUCAUGAUCGUCCUACACUGCCCGUUCGUCAGCAAAGCCCGCGCGAACCCGCUAUUCUACUAUUCUCUCAAAGUCAGCCUGGACUCUGCUCUGGCGCUCAUCUCGCCCGAACCGGACGCCGGCUUCUCGCACCUCAUGACCAUCGGCGGCGGCUUGUUCAGGGAGGGCCUGUGGUACGCGCAGACGGCCAUCACGCUGGAACUCCUCGCCGAGGUCGAAGCCCAGCGGCGCGACGGCACGCUUCGACGAAAAAUCUCCCCUUACCGCGACCUCCUCAAGAAGGCCACCAGGGACAUCAUCGCGCUGUCCGUCGAGCGCAUCCGCCGCGGAGAGACCAACAUCAAGAGCCACAUGUUUCUGAGCAUGGUCCUGGCCCAGGCCGAGGCCAUGGAGGCAGGGGUCUCGUAUCGCUUCGAGAUGGCCCGCGCCGCCGUCGACAGCCUCGACUUCUGUCACGCUUUGCUCGAGAACCGUGUUGGAAAUACCACUGGCGGCACGGGGGCCUUCCCAAGUCCCAACGACAACGAUAUGGGCCGUCUCACGUCAACCUCAACCAAUCUUGGUGGUCGGGGCCAAGAUGACUACGGCUUGGAUUUUGAUCUGGACUUGGAGUUUUUCUUGCCAGACGCCGGCUUUACCUGACUUGGUCUACCUGCGAACUACUACUACCAUGUUAACUGCCUUUCGUGAGCUUCUGGCUCCCUCUUAAAACCUUUCACACGGUCCGACAAGCCGGACGGACACCUCCUCACCUCUUCCGAAACGUCUGUAUAUCCAUCCAUGGUGGGACACAGUGGUCAUGGAAAACUCGGCCCAAAUAGAUCUAGUACGAUCUUGAACCACUCCCCCACCAGUGGAAGAUUUUUUUGCCAUGUGCAAUCUGGACGCAAUGCGUGCCUGCUGAGCCGUCGACACGCUUCUCGAUAUAUCUCCCCCAACGGUCCUGGAUGAACGGCCGUUGUCUGCCCGUAGCGUUACCGACUCGAGUAUGACCACGCCGGGGCGAAAGGGAGCCUAAAGGUUGGUUGGGUUUCGCCUGAUCGAGGAAACGAAGUCGGGCGUUUUUGUGCAAGCUCCUCGGCCUAGAGUUGGUUACUGGAAGGCGCCUGCGACGGAGGGAGAGUAUUCAGUGUAUUGUGGAACCCAGGAUCUUUGGUCCUGCCCUCAAAUCGUGGGUAUGCAUCAUCGAAGACCGCAUAGUGUGUCUUGGGCAGACAAACAGUCGAUAUAGG